AGAAGGAUUUAAAUCGGAUUUUUUUUUCAGUUGUUAUGACCACAGCAGCUCGUCCAACUUUCGAUCCCGCCAAGGGUGGUCGUGAAAGGGGUGAUCUAUCGCAACUUUCAAAGCAGUACUCCAGCAGAGAUUUGCCCAGUCACACCAAACUCAAAUACAGACAGGAUACUCAGCUUGUUCCCGAAGAUGUCAGCAGCAAAGAGCUCAAAAGGCAGCUGGAAGAGAAAGAAAUGGCGGCCAGUGGAACAUCAAGUCGUCGUAAGAGGAACAGACCUGAACUACUGGACGUAGAUGACCCAGUCGAUUCAGAUCCGGACAGCAACGAUGAAAGCGAAGAUGAUGACGAUGAGGCAGAGCUAUUAGCAGAGUUGAACCGAAUCAAAAAGGAGCGAGCUCAGGAAGUCUUGAAGAAAGAGCAAGAAAAGAAGAUUGAGUCAGAAAAAAUUCGAACUGAAAAUAUUUUAACCGGAAAUCCGCUGCUGCAGAGGAGUGAAAAUUCAGCAGCUGCUGAUUUUAAGGUCAAGCGAAGAUGGGACGAUGAUGUUGUUUUUAAGAAUUGCGCCAAAGAUGAAGAAGAUAAAAAGAAUAAAGGAUUCGUCAACGACACCUUGCGAUCCGAGUUUCACAAGAAGUUUUUGACAAAGUACAUAAAAUAAAGUUUGGCACUUUUUGGAAAGUUCACAGCCCCGAUUAACAUCCGAUGAAAUAAUAGAUUUCUAGCAAAGAUGGUCACGAAAACUCCGAAAUGAAACUUUUUCACUUAAACUUAGUGGUGAAUAAUUUGUCAAGUAUUAAUUAAAAUCUUUUAUGGAUCAA